AUGGCUUCUGAAAUGAGUCGAGCGAAUAAUUAUUGUUGCGAAUGUUUGGCUUCGCAAGGUGAGUAAAAAACAUCUAGAAAAUCUUAAAAAUUUUCUGAAAAUCUGGAAAUUUUCAGGUCGUUGUAGUGCUGACACGUGUCCGUGUGUGGCUUCGAGGAAAACUUGUGAUGAGCAUUGUGAGAGCACUCGGUGAGUUUUGAAAAUUUCCAAAAAAAAAAAUUUAGAAAAAAAUUAAUUAAAUUUCACGUGAAAACGUGAAUUCAUGGAAGAAAAAAUUUCAUUUCGAAUUAUUUUUGCUCAAAGAAAAAACACCUGCAGGUACUUUUUUUCCAGAAAAAAAAUAAAAAAUAGGAGAGCGUGCAGAUUUUGAAUUUGUAUUUUGAACGCAAGCUUUUUUUGGGGGGAGCAGCUGAACUUAGCGGAACUCAGAGAACAGAAAAUCAGAGCGGAAUUAGAGAUCAAGUUCAGAAAUCUCAGGCUUUAGGCUUAGGUUAAGGCUUAAGACUUAGAUUAGGGCUUUAGGCUUAAGUUAGGGCUUAGAGUUGUAGGCUUAGGUUAAGACUUUAGGAUUAGGUUAACACUUUUGGCUUAGGUUAAGGUUUUAGGCUUAGAUUAGGGCUUAGAGUUGUAGGCUUAAGGCUUGAGUACUGGAUUUAGUCUUAAGGGUAAGUAAAGGCCUUUAAUAUUAAAUAAGACCUUAGCGUUUUGAGUUUUUGAUUUUAAGCUAAGGUUGAAGUUCCUAGCUUUAGGCAUUAGGCUUAGGUAAGGGUUUUAGGAUCUUAAAUGAAACAAAUUUUGAAGCCUGACCACUUAAGCCUAACCUAAGCCUAACCUAAAUCAAAACCCACUCUACCUUAACCCAUCUCAAUUUUUCCAGCUACCGCGGUGACUGCCUGAACCAAGCGAUCUGCAAAUGCUCGUGCGAAGUCGACCCGGCAAAACCGGCGAAAAACGCGUGCUCAAAAUCGGAACGUUGCGAUUGCCUCCGGAUAAAAGAGGGAUGCAGUAAACUGUGCGCCUGUAAACAGAUCUGCAAGAAUAAGGUGGGUUUUUUGGGGGGGGGGGGGGGUUCGGGAUCGCUAGGCUCUCUAGCCGCGGGUCCUUGACACUUAAGCUCUCAAGGAGCGGCUCCUUGUCAAGGUGGAUCUCUAGGCGUUGGUCCUUGACACUUGAGCUCCCUAGGAUUGGCCUCUUCAGGACUACCAUCUUCAGGAGCGGUUACUUGGCAUAGCAGCUUUCAAGCACCGGUUACUUGACAAUAAGCUUCUCAAGGCGCGGUCACUUGACAAAUAUGCUCUCAAGGCGCGGAUACUUGAGGACUAUCAUCUCUAGGCGCCGGUCCUAGACAAUUAGCUUCUCUAGGCUCGGACACUUGAAAACUAUGCUCUCAAGGCGCUGCUACUUGAGGACUAUGCGGCGUGACUCCUGGUUGAAAUGAAUCUCUAGGCGCCACUUCUAGAGAAUUUGGCUCUUUAAGCGCUGUCCCUUGACAAAUAUGCUCUCAAGGCGCGGCUUCUUAACAUGGAGUCUCUCAAGGAGUGGCUACCGAAGUAUUAUCAUCUCUAGCAGCCGGUCCUAGACUAUUUGCUUCUCUAGCAUCCAGCACUUGACAGGUUUGCUCUCAAGACGCAGCUACUUGAAAUUGAAUCUUUCUAGGAGCGGCUACUUGGUGACUCUCAUCUCUAGGCACCGCUCCUAGACAAUUAGCCUCUCUAGGCUCGAACACUUGACAAAUAUGCUUUCUAGAAGCGGUUUGACUCAAAAAAAAUUUGACUCUUUAAGCGCUGCCUCUUGACAAUUGGAGUCUCAAGGCGCAGCUACUUGAGGACUAUAAUCUCUAGGAGCGGUUACUUGGCAUAGCAGCUUUCAAGCACCGGUUACUUAGAAACAAUGCUCUCAAGGCGCAGCUACUUGAAAUGAAAUCUUUUAAGGAGCGGCUACUUGAGGACUCUUAUCUCUAGACACCGCUCCUAGAAAAUUUGACUUUUUCAGCGCUGCCCUUUGACAAUUGGGGUCUAUAGGAGCGGCUACUUGAGGACUAUCCUCUCUAGGCGCCGGUCCUUGACACUUGAGCUCUCUAGGAUUGGCUACUUCAGGACUAUAAUCUCUAGGAGCGACUCCUUGAGUUCUGCUCAGAAUCUAAAAACAUGAUGUGUUCUAAACCCACUUCCGUCUCUCGAAAAAAACAAAACAGAACAGCUGAAAAUUCACUGAAAAAAAUUAUUUUAUUAAUUCUUUGUUUACAUGGAUCUUUACCGCUUAACAAACUACAGUGCGUUUCACAAUGAUAGGUUCACCCCCCAGAAUGAUGAAAUUGACGAAAUCGUGAGUUGUAAAAGCAAGUUGAGUUAAAAAUCGAAAAGAACGCACAAAAUUAUGUAUGUAAACUCAUUUUCAUAUAAAAAUACCGAAAGCUGAGAAAAUUUUUGACCGAAGUUCAAAAAUUGCGAAAAUUUAGCGUUUCAUAAUGAUAGGUUCACCUAACUCAAACUGGUUCUAUUUUUGAAGAAACGGGGAAUUUGACUAGAAAUCACUUUGAAAUCAACAAAAGAGAGCAUUUGCAUUCACUUGCAAUUUUCACAAUCGAAUUUCAUCGAUUCUAAGGUCUGCACUGAUGUUUCCAGUAAGAGACAUCUGGAAAUUAGGCCUUUGUUCAUUUUUUCCACAUUUCUCGAAAUUUUAUCAUCAGAUUUUUCUGAAAACAUCUUUUUUUGUCUAUUUGAACCUGAUUACACAGAAUUCCAACUUUUUUUCGAAGUUUUGACAUGAUUCUGACAUUACUGGAUUUCCGAUGUUCAUCUUGAACUUCAGAUCUAGAACAUCAGGAACAUCAAAAUCAAAAUUUUAUUGAUGGAAUUCGUUUCCAGCAUCGUCAAAAUAGUUGAUAAAGACAUAAUUGAUGGUUUCGAAUGGUCUCCUAACUCAUAUCGUGAGUUGAUUCGGGUGAACACUAAAAGUUGUGUUUUUACAGUGUUAAAAAAUGCUGAUUCUUGUGAUUUGGAAAAUAAAUAGAUACUAAGCAAUCCAAACAAGUGUUUCGGAAAAGAUUGAACAUGACAUAUGAUUUUGACGAUGCUGGGAACGAAUUCCAUCAAUAAAAUUUUGAUUUUGAUGUUCCUGAUGUUCUAGAUCUGAAGUUCAAGAUGAACAUCGGAAAUCCAGUAAUGUCAGAAUCAUGUCAAAACUUCGAAAAAAAGUUGGAAUUCUGUGUAAUCAGGUUCAAAUAGACAAAAAAAGAUGUUUUCAGAAAAAUCUGAUGAUAAAAUUUUGAGAAAUGUGGAAAAAAAUGAACAAAGGCCUAAUUUCCAGAUGUCUCUUACUGGAAACAUCAGUGCAGACCUUAGAAUCGAUGAAAUUCGAUUGUGAAAAUUGCAAGUGAAUGCAAAUGCUCUCUUUUGUUGAUUUCAAAGUGAUUUCUAGUCAAAUUCCCCGUUUCUUCAAAAAUAGAACCAGUUUGAGUUAGGUGAACCUAUCAUUAUGAAACGCUAAAUUUUCGCAAUUUUUGAACUUCGGUCAAAAAUUUUCUCAGCUUUCGGUAUUUUUAUAUGAAAAUGAGUUUACAUACAUAAUUUUGUGCGUUCUUUUCGAUUUUUAACUCAACUUGCUUUUACAACUCACGAUUUCGUCAAUUUCAUCAUUCUGGGGGUGAACCUAUCAUUGUGAAACGCACUGUAUACAUUGUGUCCACCUAGAUUCCUCCAAGAUUUCGAAGAUUCCAACUAUAUCCGUCGACUCUACACAAUUCUAGGCAGCAUCUCACUUCUCCUAACUUCCUAUUCCCUAAUCAUCAUUCAAAAAUUCCGCAAAGAGAAAACUGUGAGAAAUGUGAAGCAAGUUCUAUUCCAACUUCAGACUUGGGCACUAAUCACAAAUGUUUAUGUGUCCUUUCUGAUCUGCCCCUACAUGUUUUUCCCGUCUGUGGCGAUCGGAAGUUUGGGAAUCUACGAGACCUUCGGGGUCAAUUUCAAAUUUCAAUGUUAUUCUGGUCAAGUCCUCUUCUACUGCCUGGCGAUCUCGGUGCUUGCGAUCUUUGAGAAUCGCCACAGCGCCAUAUCUACUAUCCAAUUCAAACUUCAAACUCGAAGAUCUCGACGUACCUUCUAUUCCAUAAACUGCUUUAUCAUGAUUUUUCUAUUCUGCCCAUAUAUUUUCAAUUCCGAUGAUACUGAGAUUCAUAAACUGAUCAUUCUACAAACCCUAAUCCCCUGUCCAAAUGAGAUCUUCUUCUCAAAGGUCACUCAUGUUCUGACAAUGAAGGUGUAUCUCCCAGCGAUUUCGGUGAUUCUAGGCCUCUGGAUUAUUGGAAUUCAGGGGUCAUUCUUCUUAUUCCACGCUGCACUUGAUUCUAGUAAACCAGACUAGACUUUCUAGAAACACCCGGAAACUCCAGCAAAAAUUUCUUCUCACAAUGUUCGUCCAAGUCGCUGUGCCUCUUUUCAUCGUGGCAAUUCCCCUAUCCUAUUCCGGCGCAUCAGUUAUCCUAAAUCACUAUAAUCAAGUGCUAUCCUGCCAUAGUUUUGUCAGCCUUGCGAUUCAUUCACCGGCCUCCGCGAUUUCGCUGAUAUUGUUGCAUAAGGUGUAUCGGAACUAUACUUGGGAUGUGAUUUGUUGUCGCUGGAAGAAUCGGGAGCGUGUGGAAAGAGUUUUUGUUGACAGCAGUUUUGGGUUGCGACAUGACCAACCUCACAAGGGAAGUGUUCAUAUGUCAAACAUUUGCAUGCAAGAACGAACGUGAACGCGUGGCCGAGUGGUUAACACGCACGGCUGCCAUUCUCAAGGUCAUGGGUUCGAUCCCGCUCCGUGGCAAACUUUUUUUUUAAUUUUUUGUUGACUGCAGUUUUGGGUUGAAGCAGGCGACAUGAGAUUAAAACCAAGCCAGACAGCUGAAAAACUAGCAAACAAGAAAAAUUUUUCUUUUUUUUUUUUUUUUUUUUUCUCCCACCUCCACCUCCUCCAAAAUGGAAGUUUAUCGAUUAACAAACUAUACCAUCUGCCCUCCGAGAUUUCUACAAUCUUUCGAAAAUUCCAACUAUAUUCGAGCACUAUACAUCAUCCUUGGAACAAUCUCGCUAAUUCUCACAAGUUACACUAUCUUCAUGAUUCGAAAAGUGAAAGACAGAAGAAUGAGAGGUGUGAAAUUCGAGUUACUCCAACUCCAGAUCUUUGCGCUGAUUACCAAUGCUGUGCUAUGUUUUUUAAUCUGCCCCUACAUGUUCUUCCCCUCAGUUGCCAUUGGUAGCUUGGGAUUUUUCGAAUUUCUUGGGGUCAAUUUCAAAGCGCAGUGUUAUUUCGGGCAACUGCUAUUCGAUUUUCUCGCGAUCGCGAUUCUCGCAAUUUUUGAGAAUCGACACAGUGCUGUGACAACUAUCAAGUUCAAACUACACACAAAAUCCGGGCGGAGAACCUUGUAUUUUUUGAAUUAUAUAAUUGCGAUUCUCCUUUUUACUCCCUAUAUUUUCGAUGAUCAUGAUAACGAAGAGGCGAAAUUAGAGAUCUUGGAGACUGUAAUCGGCUGUCCGAAUGAGAUCUUCUUCUCAAAGGUUACUCAUAUAUUAACCCUACGAGUGUAUAUUCCAAUGUGUUCAGUGCUCACGGGUUUAUUCCUAAUCGGUGCUCAAGGUGCAUUCUUCCUCUUCCACACGAUCUACCAUCUCGUCUACUCGCACGACACUCAAUUAUCCCUGAACACUCGCAAACUCCAGCAGCGCUUUCUAUUCACAAUGUUUCUCCAAGUCGCCGUGCCCUUUCUCAUUAUUGCUACUCCGUUAUUCGCGUGCGGUUUCGCAAUCCUGAUCAAUUAUUACAAUCAAUUUCUAUCGUGUCAUAGUUUUGUGGCUCUUGGCUUAUAUUCACCGGCUUCUUCGUUAACUUUGAUUUUUUCACAUACUGUAUAUCGCGAUUUUACCCGGAAAUUGAUUUUUGGAGAGAAUAGGAAGACAUCGCAAGCUAAAGUUGUUGUGGAUAGCAGUUUUGUACUUUAAAAACAGGUGAUUUGAAAGAAGUCGUGAUUUGUGGUUUUGAAAAUAAAGAAGUUUAAACUUCACACGUGAAGCAGGUGGUUUUGAGAUCGAGUUCAAAUGACUAGAGUUAGGCUAACUUUCGGCUCUCAGGCGUGGGUUAAGCCUAGAGAUUAGACCAAGCCCUGAACUUAGCCUAGCCAGAGCUAUGGCUAUAAGUUAGGCCAAGUUUAGGCUGAGCCUGAAAUUAUAAUCGGCCUGAACCUAGACUUGGUUUUUCACAAAAGUUAGCCUAAGUUCAUCCCUAGAAUUAUAGACCUAGCCUAAACAAUGACCAGGGCGGGCUUAGGCCUAGAGAUCAGGGCACGCCUUGAACUUAGCCUAAAUCCAACCCCUAGCCAGAGCUAUGGCUAUGAGUUUGGACGAGUAUAAGCUGAGCUUGAAAUGAUCGGCCUGAACCUAGAUUUUUUUCUCACAGAAGUUAGCCUAAGUUCAACUCUAGAAAGUUAUAGAUCUAGCCUGAACGAUGACUAGGGCGGGCUUAAGCCUAGAGAUUAGGCCAAGCCUUGAACUUAGCUUAAGUUCAACCCCUAGCCAGAGCUAUGGCUAUAGGUUAGGCUGAGGAUAGGCUCAGGCAGGUUAAGUUAAGACUGAAAUUAUGAUCGGCCUGAACCUAGACUUUAUUUUUCUCACAGAAGUUAGCCCAAGUUCAACCCUAGAAUUAUAUACCUAACCUGAGCAAUGAGCAGGAGUUAGGCUAAAUUUAGGCUCAGAAUCAGGCUAAUCCUAGAGGUUAGGGUGGGCCUCAGAACUUAGCUCAAGCUCAGCCCUGGGAUCAUAAACCUAACAUGAACAAUGACCAGGAUUUAAGCUAAAUUCCGACCCAAGCCUAGGUUUUAGAAGUUAUGACAAGCCUAUAACUUAGCUCAAGUUCAGCCCUGGAAUUCAAGAUGCUACCUAGCCUGAGUUACUGUAAGUCAAGUCUAUAUUAUCCCUGUUGAAAAUAUUUAGUUAGCCUAAUUAUCAAAAAUUUUUCUAAAACCUAAAAGUUCAAACAUCCGAAAUGUGUUUUGAAAAAAUGAAGCUAAUUUUCAGCAAAGUCAGAAAAAAAAAUUUUCCAGGAGCCGCCCAAAAAGCUGGCGAAAGUCGCCAAGCCCACGCAAGGCUGUCAAUGUGCCAAAGGCAAAAAACAGUGUGUGAAAAAAGAGUGCGCGUGUCGGACGGUCUACGGUUUCUGCUCGGCCGCCUGCAAAUGUGCCGGUGAUUGUACAAACGGCGCGUCGAAAUUCUCGAUCCCCAAACAUGUGCAAAAUUGUUUCUUGGAGCACAAAAAUGAGUCGAGCGGGUUGAUAGUCACAUUAAUAGGAGAGGAUUAUGUUUAUCGAGGAGAUUUUUAUCAUGAGAGUAAAGGAGAGCCGCAUGUUGAAGAGCAAUUGGUUGCGGCCAUUUAUGAUUUGAUUUCGAAGUAUACGGUGAGGAAGUUGGGGAUUUUGGGGAACUUUUUAAAUCAAUUUUGAAUGUUCAUCUGGGCUGGAUUUUCCAAACGAGAAUUCAGAAAAAUAAUUUGAAAAAUAACAAUUUUUCACUGCUUCAAAAAAAUCAUAAAUUUUUUCCAAAUUUUUACAAUUUUGAUAGAAAGGAUUUUACUGUUUCAGAAUUUUUUGAUUAUUUUUGCAAAAAUUCAGAAUCUCAAAAAAAUAACUGUUUCGAAAUGUUUUCUGAUUAAUUUUUAAUUGGGAUGAAAAAAAUAAAUUAAAUUUUCACUGUUUCAAAAAAAAUCAUAAAUUUUUUCCCAAUUUUUACAAAUUUGAUAGAAAAUUAGAUAAAUCUAAUUUAUUUUCCACACAAAAAUUGACUGUUUCAAAGUUUUUUGAUUAUUUUUUGAAUUUUCUCAAACUUUGCUAAUGCUAUUCCAUUCCUGAAUUCUAAUUUAUCCACGGUCUUCAAUGCCAACAGAAUUUUCCUUUAAAAAAUUACUGUUUCAUAAUUUUCUGAUUAUUUUUUGAAUUUUUUUUUCAAACUUAAAUUUUUUACUGUUUCAAAAAAAUCAUAAAUUUUUUCCAAAUUUUUACAAUUUUGAUGAAACAAAUUUUCGAUAAAUUUUCGAUAAAUUUAAUUUUUUCAACACAAAAAUUAACUGUUUCAAAUUUUUUUGAUUAUUUUUUUUUAUUUUUUUUUAACUUUGCUAAUGUGCUGAAGUUUCAUGAAAUUCUGUUCAAUUACAAAAAAAAUUCAAAAAAAAAUUUCCAAAAAAAUUAACUUUUUCAAAGUUUUUUGAUUAUUUUUUGAGAUCUCAGAGACUUCAGUUAAAGUGUUAGUAAAAAUGAAAAUUUUCAAAUCACAAAAAAAAUUCAGAAAAAAUUGACUGUUUCAAAAUGUUUUCAUCAAUUUUUUAUUGUUUCGGAAAAAUUUGAUGAUCUUCUUCAAUGCGUAUCUCAGAAAAAAAAGUUUCAGAAAAAAAUACUGUUUCAAAAUGUUUUCUGAUUGAUUUUUAAUUGGGAUGAAAAAAAUAAAUUAAAUUUUCACUGUUUCAAAAAAAUCAUAAAAUUUUUCCCAAUUUUUACAAUUUUGAUAGAGUAAAUCCAUUUGUUUCAACACAAAAAUUAACUGUUUCAGAAUUUUCUGAUUAUUUUUCGAAUUUUUCAAAUUUGCUUUCAUUUUGAAUUCCGGAAUUCUACUCUUCCUGUCCACAGUUUUCAAUACCCACAGAAAUUUUCGAAAAAAUUACUGUUUCAUAAUUUUUUGAUUAUUUUUGCAAAAAUUCACUGUUUCAGAAUUUUUCUGAUCAAUUUUUAAUGUUCCGGGAUGAUUUCCUAGUGAUUUUUGGAAAUGCAAUGAUCAAGUCGAAAAAUCAUCCCAUCACAAUUGUUCACUGUUUCAAAAAAAUCAUAAAAUUUUUCUCAAUUUUUACAAUUUUGAUAGAAAAUUGGAUGAAUCUAAUUUUUUUCAACACAAAAAUUAACUGUUUCAAAGUUUUUUGAUUAAUUUUUGAAUUUUUCUAAAACUUUGCUAUUGUUUGAUUGAUAAAACUCAUACAUUUUUCUGUUCAGAUUUUCAAUUAUCACAAUAAAUUUCCAAAAAAAAUUACUGUUUCAUAAUUUUCUGAUUAUUUUUGCAAAAAUUCACUGUUUCAAAAUGUUUUUAUUAAUUUUUAAUGUUUCGGGAUGAUUUGCUCUUUCCUUUUCUGUUAUGUGGUAUUUCAAGUCAAAAAAAAAUCAUCCCAUUACAAUUUUUCACUGUUUCAAAAAAUUAUAAAAUUUUUCCCAAUUUUUAGAAUUUUGAUGCAACGAAUUUUUACAAAUCGAUAAAUCUAAUUUUUUCAACACAAAAAUUAACUGUUUCAAAAUUUUUUUGAUUAUUUUUUGAAUUUUUCAAACUUUUCUGAUGCUACUCCAUUUCUGAAUUCUAAUUUUUCUCUCUACGGUUUUAAAUGCCCACAGAAAUUUCCUAAAAAAAAAUUACUGUUUCAGAAUUUUUUUAUCAAUUUUUGAGUUUUCGGAGACGGAGUUAAGUUCAUGCGUCAGAAAAAAUACAAAUUUUCAAAUUAACAAAAAAAAUCAGAAAAAAUGACUGUUUCAAAAUGUUUUGAUCAAUUUUUAAUGUUUCGGGAAAUUUUGAUCUGCUUGUGAAAACUAGAUUGAAAAAUUACAAUUUUUCACUGUUUCAAAAAAAUCAUAAAUUUUUUCCUAAUUUUUACAAUUAGAUAAAUCUAAUUUUUUCAUUACAAAAAUUAACUGUUUCUAAGUUUUUUGAUUAAUUUUUGAAUUUUUUUAAAACAAUGUCCACAGAAAGUUCCUUAAAAAAAUUACUGUUUCAAAAUGUUUUGAUUAAUUUUUGAAUUUUUUUCAAACUUUGCUAAUGUUCUGAAUUUCCAUAAAUUUCUGUUCAAUUACAAAAAAAAUUCAGAAAAAACUGACUGUUUCAAAAUGUUUUUAUUAAUUUUUAAUGUUUCGGGAAUAUUUGCUCUGCUGGUAGCACCACUUCUAUAAAAGAAACAAAUUAAAAAAAAAUUUUUUAACUGUUUCAAUUUUUUUUUGAAUAAUUUUUCGAAUUUCUGGAAAAUUCAGUCAAUGCAUCUAUGAUUACCAAUUUUUGCAAUUACCAGAAAAAAUUCACUGUUUCAAAAUUUUCUGAUCAAUUUUUGAAGGUCCAAGUACUUCUUCACACUCAACAAAAUUUUUGGAAAAAAAAUUGAUUUAAAAAAAUUUGAAACAGUGAAUUUUUUUCUGUCAUUGCAAGGGUUGAUUUUCAAUCAUACAUUAACUGAAGUUUCCAGGAAAUCGAAAAAUUAUCGGAAAAAAAUUGAAACAGUUAAAAAAACAUUUUUUUUUCUUCAAUUUUCUGGUGAAAAAUUUUAAAAACAAUUUUUUUCCUGGAAAUUUUAGACGAAAAAUUUAAUUUUUAGAACAUUUCCAGAGAAUUUUUCAAAAUCCUAAAAAAUUUCAAAAUUCAUCCCAACCCUUCAUUUUUUCAGGUCGACUUACACGAAAUCCAAAUUUUCGUCUCAAAAUCCCCUUGUUUCCAUCAAGAUUGCGAGCCAAAAUGUGAAGUGGUAGAUGAGUGUAAAAGUAACAAAGCGUGCGCGAAAUUACUUGGCCUGCUCUUGAGUAAAGUCCGAAAAGAGAUUAAAAAAGUGGAUGUGAAAAUGACGGUCAAAUUUCUGUAUCCUCACUUGAAUCGCGGUGAUUUGUACACGAAACAAGGGAUUUUGUGUAUGUUGCAAGCUGGAAUUAAAGUCGAGCCACUUUUGAUGAAAGAUUGGUGCUCAAUUAUGGAUUGGAGCCCACAUGUAGAUCAUAAAGGAGAUUAUUUGCAACUUUGGAAUAAUCAUCAUUUGGAUAAGGCUGUUGCUCAAUCACAACUUUUUAUUAAUGAAUGUCGAAGAGCUUUGGGAUUAUCGAUGAAGUUUUGGGUGGCUGAGAUUCAUGAAAUUGUUAAGGAUACGAUUUUACAUUUUUCGGAUUUGAGAACGAAAUGUGGAGAUUUGAAUGAUGCGCUGAAACAGGUAAAUUAUCGGGAAAUUCUUUUAUUUUUAGUUCUAAAUUUUAAUCGAAUUUCAAAAAACUCGAAAAAAAUAUCAUAAAGUUUUGAAACAGUAUUUUUUUCGAGCAUUUUUUGUCAAAAUUUUAUUUUUUGAAAUUAAUUUCAAUUUUCUUGACAUGUGUUUUUUAGCACAAAUUCCACGAGGAAUUUUUUAAUUUUCAAAUUUUCAAUUUCAUUUUUUAAUUUUCAAUUUCAAUUUUUUUCAAUGAAUUUCGGGUUAAAAAAACGGUAAUUGAAUUUAAAAAAAAACUCGAAAAAAUAUCACAAAAUUUUGAAACAGUGAAAUUUUUACAAGAAUUUUUUUGUCAACAUUUUAUUUUUUGAAACUAAUUUCUAAAUUUUAACAUGUGUUUUUUUGAGCCGAGAAUCCACGUGUCUAUUUUAUUCUUCGAGUUUCUAGCUCAAUUAAUUUUGCGCAAUCAUAUUCAAUCAAUCAAAAUUUUCGAAAACUCGAAAAAUUCAACACAAAGUUUUGAAACAGUGAAAAUUUUUUGAGCAUUUUUUGUAGUCAAAAAUUUUGAACACAUAAAUUCAAUUCUAAAUUUAAAUGUCAAUGUCAACAUUUUGACCAACACAAAACCAUGUUUAUCGAAAUUUCAGAAACUCGAAAAAAUAUCACAAAAUUUUGAAGCAGUGAAUUUUUUUUCGAGAUUUUUGUAGCCAAAAUUUUGGAUACAUGAAAUUCAAUUUAAAAUUUCGUUGUUUUUUUGGGCUGAAAAUCCACGUGUCAAUUUUUCUUCAAAAUUUUAGCGCAAUAAUUCAUCCGAAACGAUAUGCAGAUUGAAAUUUCAAAAAACUCAAAAAAAAAUAUCACAAAAUUUUGAAACAGUAAAUUUUUUUUUUCAAAUAUUUUUUUGUAGUCAAAAUUUUAGAUACAUAAAUUUUGAUUUUAAUAUCAAAUUUUUGAGCCAACAAUUCACGUGUCUAUUUUAUUCUUUGAAUUUCUAGCUCAUUCUCAAUUAAUUUUGCGCAAUCAUAUUCAAUCAAUCAACAUUUUCGAAAACUCGAAAAAUUCAACACAAAGUUUUGAAACAGUCAAUUUUUUUGAAAAUUUUUUGUAAUCAAAAAUUUUGAACACAUAAAUUCAAUUCUAAAUUUAAAUGUCAAUGCCAACAUUUUGACCAACACAAAACCAUGUUCAUCGAAAUUUCAGAAACUCGAAAACAUUAUCACAAAAUUCUGAAACAGUAAAUUUUUAAAAGAAUUUUUUUUAAAAAUUAAUUUCUAAAUUUUGCCAUGUGUUUUUUUAGCUCAAAUUCCACCAGGAAUUUUUUAAUUUUCAAUUUGGCUCAAUGAACCUCGGGUUAAAAAACGGUAAUUGAAUUUUCAAAAAACUCAAAAACAUUAUCACAAAAUUUUGAAACAGUGAAUUUUUUUUUCAGUGAUUUAUUUGUAGUCAAAAUUUUAGAUACAUGAAAUUCAAUUUAAAAUUUCGUUGUUUUUUUUUUGAGCUGAAAAUCCACGUGUCCAUUUUAUUCUUCGAGUUUCUAGCUCAAUGAAUUUUCCCCAAAAAAGACGUUAAUUGAAAUUUCAGAAACUCGAAAAAAUUAUCACAAAAUUUUGAAACAGUGAAAUUUUUCGGAGAAUUUCAUGCAGAUUUAAAACAUGUCAAAAAUAAAUAAAAAACUUUACUGUUUCAAAAUUUUGUGAUAGUUUGUUUCCAGUCCAUGAAAAUGUUAACUUUAAUAAAAUCGAAACUAAAAUUUGUGAAAGUGUGUGCCUUUUUCUAGCCUCACACAACUUCCAGCUUUCAAACUCACAAAUUUUUAUUUUCCAGCUUGAUCUCACCGCAACACCGCACAAAAUCCGCUCAACGCCAUCAAAACGUCGAAGCUUCAUCGAUUUACACGAAUUGCGCGACAAACUUUUGCGAUCUUCCUCAUCGGACGGAAAUAAGAAGAGCGGUUCACAUGUGUCAGUGGCCAGGUUCGCUUCUCCCCGCUUUUUUUCGCUAUCCAACAAAAAUUUUGAAGAAAAAAUGGAAAAAAAAACUUUUUGCACGUGAAAAAACCCCGUGACACUGGCUAAUUUUAUGUUGUUUUUUUGAUUUUGAUUUUGGCUUUUGGUAAUUCUGGUGGAGGUUUUCUCAAAUACUAAUCAAAAAGAAAAUAUUGGGAGGGGUACUGUAGAAUUACUGUAGCUUUUGAAUUUUUAUCGGUUUUCUGAAAUAAAAUGUUUCAAUCUAGCACUAGACUACUGUAGGAUUACUGUAGAGCAAAUAUUUUUUUUUGUGAUCUUGAAGAUUUUCUUGGAAACUUUGGGGACCCUUUAGAAACAAAGUACUUUGAUGUUCAUGGAGUACUGUAGAUUUACUGUAGGAAAAAAGUGAAUUAAAGAUUCAAAUUAAUCUAUUUUUUUGGAAACUAUACUGUAGUUUGGGGUUACUGUAGUUCAAAAAGUACUGUAGUCAAAAUAAGAAUAUUCUCCAAAUAAAUUACUGUAGGAGUACUGUACCUCAAAAUUAUUUUGUUUUAAGAAUACGGUAGUUGAAGGUUACUGUAGUAGCCAAUUUUAAAGCUAAAUUUGAAUUCCUGAUGUUUCUUAAUUAAAUUACUGUAAUUCGAAGUACUGUAGCCUGAGGUUACUGUAUGUACUGUAGAAAACCACUAUGGCAGGACUGUAGAUCAUAGAUGAGAAGUACUGUACUCAACUUAUAUAAAGUACUGUAGAUCAAAAAUUAGUUACUGUAAGGUACUAGGCUUAACAAAUUAUGUUUCUUAAUACAUACUAACAAAUAUUUUAACUAACCUAAACAAAAAAAAGUUAUCCUAACUCUCCGCAUUUUUUCAGCGAAGAUGCUCAAGCGCAAGCCAUGGUUGCGUCAUUCUGCGGAAGAUCAUUCGAUGAUUGCGAAACGGAUGAGAUUGCGCAGCGAAUUCGCCGCGCGACUGCAAAUAUCAAUCUGGAAAUCGAGACGCUUAUGGAAUUUUUGAACCAUAAAGGAGCGUUGUCAUAA